AUGAGAGAGCACAUGAAAAUUGUCAAUAGAGCUAUCGCCGAAAACGUUCAACUGAAAGAAAAAGUUGAUUCAUCAACCGUUAAAUUAUUCAAUGGGUUCGAUCAAGCAAGUCGAAUCAAGAAUUUAGAAAUACAUGGGAUUCCGGAAAGAGAUAAUGAGAACUCAGUUCAAAUUUUGAAUAAAAUUGGGGACCACGUAAAAUUUUUGAUUGAUGAGAAUAUGAUUGAUUUAUCUUACAACGCUGCGCAGCACACGAGACUACACGACAGACCCGUCUUCAAAUCGUUAGUUGAUUUGAAAUUCAUAUUGAGUGUCAGAACUUUUAGUUUUAUAAAAAUAUGGCUGAGUGAGCUGGUGAGUGAAGCUGGUCCAAGUAAACGGUGUAUUUCAAAACCAGUGUGGAAGAGGCCGUGGCUUACUGAAGCUGAAUUACAUGCAGCACUAGAAGAAUCUGAUGAAGAACCGUUUGUUGCUUCUGAUACGGACGAUUAUAUUCCAGAACCAGCAGAUUUAGAAUGCGAGGAAUCUGAUGUAGGAAAUGAACCUGUGAUUAAGCAAGAGGAAGAAUAUGAUUCGGAUGAAAGUAUUAAAGAGGAACCAGCGCUCACACAACCUGUAGUUUUUGUAAGCAAAAAUGGUACUCAGUGGCGUGAUACUCCACAUCCACAAGCUCAAACACUUAGUCGUAAUAUCUUGCGUCAAAAAGGUGGAGCAGCAGCUUUCAGUGCUUUGUUGACGGCUAAAGAAAUUUUUAAUAUCAUUAUGUCUAAUGAGAUGUGUAACAUAAUUGUAAGAGAAUCUGAUCGAAAAGGUAGAAAAGAAACUGAAAAUUAUAAUGCUGAACUAAUUCAAAGGUACAAAGCUUCCGAACGACCAUAACCAAAGGUUUUCAAGCCAUUUUACUGACAACGAAUUUGAAGCAUCUUAAGGAAUCCUU